CUCAUCCAAUGUCCUUUUUUUCAUUUCCAUUUUUUCCCACCUUUUGAAUUUCCAUGCAUUUAUCUCUUGUUUCCGUUACAAGUAACAUUCGCCGCUACACAUUCUCACAAUUUCUAUUUUUCCUUUUUUUAUUUCCUCUUUUCAGAAUCUCAUUGGUGCCUUUUAUGAUUCCGGAGAAAAAGUUUCAAUUUUUGGAAUCCAUCUGAAGAAUCUGAAGAAACGCAAUAAGUUACGUAUGAAAAAAGAGGACCUUUGAUGAUAAUUUCCAUCUGGGGUCUUCUCAUUCAAUAACCAUCAAUAGAAUUCACGGAAAUGAUCAAAAGGGUUGAAUGUAAUGGUUUCGGAUUUUGGUUCAGCAAUGAUCAAAAGGGGUGUAUUUAUUUGAUUCUUGUGUUGAUUGCAUGAGCAAUGAGCAUGAGAUAGGUGUAGAAAACAUGGAUGCAAAAGAAGAAGGAGAACCUAAUGAGGAUAGACCCACAUCUCCAAUGUGGGUUCUACAACAGAUAUCUGAAGGAGCCUUUAGAGUUGCUGGGGAAGCAUUGCAAAAUAUGUAUUCUGGUGGCGGAUCAAACGUGCCUCAAGUAGGGCCUAGUGUUGCACAUAGGAGAAGCCAGAGUGAACUUGUGACUAAAGAUUUUCAACGUAGUAAUAGUUUUCAGAAGUUAAAAGCUCAUGUGCAUAAGGCAUGGUGGGGAGGAAAAUCGAGGGAAGAAGGUUUACUAGCGAGUUUCAAUCCCGAGGUCAUGGCGAACCAGAAACGUCAGUGGUAUCAGCUUCAUCCCAAAUCUAUGGAUUGUAUGAAUUAUAAGGAGCCAACCUCGCUCUUUGAACAUUUUGUGGUUGUGGGACUGCAUCCAGAUGCUAAUUUGGAAGUCGUGGAGCACGCAUUUGCAAGAAGGAAGAAAUGGGAAAGAGAGACGGAAAACGAUGAAAGUCUAGAUUACAGAAUACCGCAGCAACAAAGGCCGCCAGAACCAACUUUGGAACCUCAGAUAUUGUUCAAAUAUCCUUCUACGAAGAGGAUGACAGUGCGUUUGAAAGAUUUAGCCUCCUUUUGCUUUCCUGGAGGUGUUAGGGCAGGGUUGUUGGAGAGGACUCCAUCUCUAAGUGAGCUAAACGAGCUAGUCUAUGGACAGCAGCAUUUGGGAAGAGAUGAUCUAUCGUUUAUCUUUACACUCAAGGCAGCAGACAGUACAACACUUUAUGGAGUUUGCUUACAUGUGCCUGAAAUUGUUCAGAGGCCCCCUGGUAUUUUAGGCACAUCUUCUCCUUCUUCUUUUCCCUCUGGGUUAUGCAGCCGUUUUCUGGUUUCCGCACCUCGCUGUUACUGUCUUCUGACUAAAAUUCCUUUCUUUGAGUUACACUUUGAGAUGUUAAACAGUCUUAUUGCACAGGAGCGUCUGAACCGGAUUACUCAGUUUGUAAAUGAGAUUACUCUCUCUGGUUGCAUUCCAUCGACGCCCAAACUAGAUGACCAAUUGAGUUCAUCUACUAACUCCCCAGAGAGGCAGUCGUUUAGUGACUGGAUGGCUUGUGCAAUACCUCUUGAGGGUGCAGCAGUCAUUACCGCUGCUGCUGCUGGACUCAUAUCUGAUGAUGAAAUCCCACAAUUAUCACCCAAAAUAUGGGAUUCUCGCUGUCAAUCCCCUGUUAGUGUGACUGCUAGUGAUGCCUCAGAUUUUUGUCAGUAUAAGGAUAUAGAUAAAGAUGGCAAGAAGAAUCUGCAAGAUCAUGAUACAUGUGCUUUUGAGGGACAAGAAGUUCAUGAUUCUGUGGAAAGAAUGCAUGGAAAUUGUGAAGGUGGCCAAGUUUCUUCCAGUGUUGGAACACCUGUAUCUCCUCAGGGUCGCACCUUGGAGCGUCUUGGAAGUUCUGAGUCACUUUUCAGUCCAGUUAGAAGCAUUGUGUCCGAAGAUGAUGAUCCUCCUUUUUCAAACAAUGAAAUCGAUAACGGAGAUGAGUUGUUGAUGGAAUGGGCUAUGGAGCAUAAGAAUGAUUUACUACAGAUAGUGUGCAGAUAUCAUGCUCAAGCUAUUCCACCUCGAGGAAGUGAAUUUGUCUUCCACCCUCUUGAACAUUUACAAGCUAUUCAAUAUAUACGACAUUCAGUUGCUUCUCUUGGCUUCAAAGAAAAUUGUUUAGAUUGUUCUGAACCAACUGAGGUCAUUGCAAAGUUGGCAGCUGCUGAGGAAGCCCUUUCAUUAUCAGUAUGGACAACUUCAACUACUUGUCGAGUUCUAUCCCUUGAUAGUUUGCUGGCAUUAGUUACGGGAGUGUUAUUGGAAAAACAGGUUGUAAUAGUGUGCCCAAAUUUGGGUGUUCUAUCUGCAGUAGUGCUUUCUCUUAUACCCAUGAUUCGUCCAUUUCAGUGGCAGAGUUUACUGCUUCCGGUUUUGCCAGCUAAAAUGAUUGAUUUUCUUGACGCCCCAGUUCCAUAUAUUGUUGGCAUACAACAUAAACCAGAUGAUUUGUAUAUUAAAACAAGUAAUCUUGUUGAAGUAGACGUACUGGAAAAUCAGGUUAAAAUGUGUCAUUUGCCUAGACUUCCACGGCAAAGGGAUCUUGUUUCUCAGUUGACUCCAAUUCAUGCCAGACUUUCAAGUGAAAGUGCAAUUGCUAAAAAGCAUCCUAUACAUAGGUGCAACGAAAUCCAGGCCGAAAUUGCAACUCAGUUUUUGAAUGUCGUGUGGCACUAUUUGGAGUCACUUUGUUCGAAUUUGAAAUCGCAUACGAUAACUAGUGUACAAUCGAAUCAUGACAGGGUUUCUUUACUUCUUAAAGACACCUUCAUUGACUCCUUUCCCCUGAGGGACCAGCCAUUCAUUAAGCUUUUUGUAGAUACACAGCUAUUCACUGUUUUAUCAGACUCUUAUCUAUCGAGCUUUGAGAGCGGCAAAUCAUAGUCUUCUUCCAUCUGUCUGACGCGUUAACAAAAGGGUGUUUAUCUGUUAGACAUGACUGACUGCUGAUACUGAGGAAGAUGUGCUCAUAAUUUCAUCGGUUAAUCGAGUCCUCCUCGAUUGCAUGGAUUGGAAUGGCCAACGGUGACGGAGUACAAUGGUUCAAAAAAAUUGUAUCAUGUUGAUAGGAAAGUUGACUGAAUAUAGGUUCUUGGGUUUAGGUGCUCAUUGUUCACUAAUUGACUUGUUGUGAGUAUAUACAUUUCAUUUGUUUUUGAAUUAUGAUAACAAUGCCGGAUGGUCUUUUUCUUC